AUGCGUAUUCCAAAAAUAUCCUUCUGUUUUGAACAUAAUGCUAGUCUUGAUCUUCAUUUGGAACUUGCAACCAAACAACUUGCACUCAAAUGCAGCAAGUGCUUGACUAUGUGCCCUGACAGUCGUGUCACCUGCCCCGAACAACUAAUUUUGGUUUUGGGCCACCGCACCAAUGACGCCAACAGCAAGCUGGCCGACGCACGACUCGAAGGUCUGCGGGACGCGACGGUCGCCUGGCGCCUUCUGAUGGUGGCUUGGGUGUCGGCGGAGUUCAAAAUCAAAUAG